CAAAGUUAAAAUUUUGGAAAAAUAUCUGAUCACCAAGAUUAAAGAUAUAAUGUAAUUAUCACUAUAUAUUCAAUACUAUGAUAAUAAAAAAAUAAUUUAUCAAAAUUACAGUAUCUUCGUACAAUGAAGUUUUGGCCGCUGAAUACCUUUAGAAACAUAUUGAGACUAGAUUUCAAAAGGCAUUUUUGUAAAACCCCAGUCAUGUCUAGUAAAAGGAUAGCUGUCUGUCAAAUGACUUCUGUUGCUGACAAAGCGGCCAAUUUAAAAGUUGUCGAAGGCAUCAUUGAUAGUGCUGCCAAAGAAAAUGUUCAGAUGCUUUUCUUUCCAGAAGCAUGCGACUACAUCUGUGAUAACAAAAAGGAUAUAGUAAACUUUUCUGAGCCUAUAUUUGGUGGUGAGAUUGUGGGAAAGUAUAGAGAAUUGGCAGAGAAAUAUGGAGUUUGGUUGUCUAUGGGAGGGGUUCACGAAAGGGAUGAAAAAAAUCCAAACAAAAUGUACAACACGCACAUAAUAAUAGAUGACAAAGGAUCCCUUGUACAAAUGUACAGGAAACUACAUCUUUUCGAUGUAGAGAUACCGGAGAGAAACGUUAGAUUGAAGGAGAGUGACUUCUCGAAUGCUGGCGACCAUAUUGUGGCACCAGUCGAUACUCCUGUAGGGAAAAUUGGUAUGGCUAUAUGUUAUGAUAUGCGCUUCCCUGAGCUGAGUACAUCCCUGAGUAUAAUGAGCGCCGACAUCUUGACAUUUCCAUCGGCUUUCACUCAAGCAACGGGGGAGGCUCACUGGCAUAUAUUACUCAGAUCAAGGGCGAUAGAAAACCAAUGCUACGUGGUUGCAGCAGCACAGUCCGGCGUUCACAACCCGAAGAGGCGUUCGUACGGACACGCGCUCUGCGUCGACCCCUGGGGCGAAGUCCUAGCCGACUGCGGGGAGUCCACCCCUUGCUAUAAAAUCGUUGAGAUAUCUCAUGACAAACUGAAUGAUGUGAGACGUAACAUGCCCGUAUUUCAGCAUAGAAGACCCGACGUGUAUUCCUUGUACACUUUGUCUUUACGCAAGUCCCUCCCGUUAGAGAAGCUGCCAUCCCACUCCCCCACCGAUCCCAACCCCCCUCCGUCCUCCCCGGAGCCGUACAACGUCUUCGGUCACGCCAAGAUCCCGGAGAGCUGCAUUUUCUUCAAGUCCAAAUUCGCCUACGCCUUUGUCAAUCUGAGAUGUGUGAUCCCUGGGCACGUCCUGGUGGCGCCCAUCAGGCCUGCCGAGAGGAACAAGGACCUAACUGAGGAGGAGGCCGAAGAUUUCUUCAGAACCGUUCGUUUGGUCCAAAAGCUGAUGGAGAAGGUGCAUGGUGCAGAGUCUUGCACCAUAACGAUACAAGACGGACCUGACGCGGGGCAGACGGUCAAGCAUCUUCAUUGUCACGUGAUGCCGCGGAAGAAGGGAGAUUUUAUAGACAACGAUUUAAUAUACCUGGAAUUGGCGAAGCAUGAUCAAUUGAAGUGCGGUCACCCGUUGAAGCCGGCCCGAAGUUUGGAAGAGAGACGAAGCGAAGCUCAACUUCUCAGAAGCGAAUUGGAGAAGUUGAUCGACGAGGAACGCAUAUUGCUAAGAUAAUAAAACAUUGUUCUGUUGUGUUUUGUUAUUCAACUCGAUACAAUAAGUGGGGUUGUUAUAACUCGUGUAACUACCCUCGA